GAAAUGAACGUUCCUGCUUCAAGUUUCUCUGUUUAAUCGAUCCGUAUCAAACACAUGAAAUAGAAGUUAAAAUCAAUCCCUCCGAAAAUCAAUUCUGGAUCCCUACUUUAGCUAAUUACUUUUGUUUUAUCUUUCUAACCAUCCUAUAAACCCCCUAAAAUCAACGAUUUAUAUUUUUUAUUUUAGAAAAUAUAGUUUUAAACCCCAGUUUAAUCAACUGAGAUUUGGAAGCUCUAAACUGAAAUUUAAAGAGAAAUCCACUUAUUGUCUCUCGAUUUAAAAUAUACCCAUUCAAAGAAGGUCUAUUUUGUUAGAUCCAAUUUGAUUCAGAAUGAUGAGUUUCGUGAUCCUGGAUUCGGGUGUAGAUCUUGGGUGGAUUUUGGUCUGAGAUGGAUGUUAGUUCGAAAUAUUGGGUACCCAUUUCAAGAAAUUGUUCCUCUCCUUUGAAUUUGUGCCUUUUUUUAUGGGAUUUUAUUAGUGUUGCCAUCGCUUCUAGAGUUGAGUUGGGCUAGGUUUUUUCUUUUUCGGUGGUAACAGAAAAAAAAAAAACAGAAAAAAAAAAUGUUUCGGAGGGAACGUGAAAGGGAAUUCAAAGAGUUUAAUGGAGGACCUCCUUGUGGGCAAGUCAGAGUUCUUGUUGUUGGUGAUUCAGGUGUGGGGAAAACUUCUCUUGUUCAUCUGAUUGUCAAAGGUUUUUCCACUGCUUGUCCUCCUCAAACCAUUGGGUGUACAGUUGGUGUGAAGGUAAGAUUUAGUACUCCUUUGUUGCCUCGAAUAAAGUUAUUGUUCGAGUUCAUUUACCAAUUAGCCACUACAAUCUCUACACAGCAUACCAAAUAUGGUAGCCCUGGUAGCUCGUCAAGUAGCUUGAAAGGGGAUGCUGAGAGAGAUUUCUUCAUUGAACUUUGGGACGUGUCGGGACACGAGCGAUACAAAGAUUGCCGAUCUCUUUUCUAUUCACAAAUUAAUGGUGUUAUUUUUGUACACGAUCUUUCCCAAAGGAGAACAAAAACAAGCUUGCAGCAGUGGGCAUCUGAGAUUGCAACAACUGGGACAUUUUCGGCUCCUCUAAGCUCUGGAGGCCCCGGGGGACUUCCUGUCCCAUAUAUUGUUAUUGGUAACAAAGCUGAUAUAGCUGCUAAAGAGGGUACAAGAGGUAGCAGUGGCAAUCUGGUUGAUGUAGCUCGUCAGUGGGUUGAGAAGCAGGGUUUGCUUCCACCUAGUGAGGAACUUCCAUUGACCGAGAGUUUUCCUGGUAGUGGCAGCCUUAUUGCUGCUGCCAAAGAAGCAAGAUAUGACAAGGAAGGUUUAAUGAAAUUUUUUCGUAUGUUGAUCAAGAGACGGUAUUUUUCAGAUGAUUUAUCGACCCCGAAUACAUGGUCCAUAUCUCCUGCUCUGAGGACUUCUCAAUGUCUGGAUGAAAAUUCCGAUGAUGAUCAUCAGUUGUACAGGCGUACAAGUUUGAGUGGUGACCCUUACAAGUACAACAUGCUUCCUCCCUUACCUGCACAGCGCAACCUUACUCCACCUCCCACGCUUUACCCCCAACAGCCGGUUUCAGUGACUGAGAAUUACAGCAUCCCACGGUUCUCCUUUACCGGUUCCCAAGAAAUCAACAGCAGCACCAGAUCGAAGCGUGCGGAUAUUAAUGUCUGAUGUAAUAUCGUUUCCGGUGUUUGCUACAAGACAAUCACUAUUGCUGGGAGAUUAAAAUAUUGUGUGUUGGCCAUAUUAUGCUUUCCUCCAUAAUUUUUUUACCUUUAUGCUUGUAUAUCUGGCAUGCCGAUUCUUUUAUAUCCCCAGGCCUCCCCCAAAAGAUCAUUUUUGUUUCACACGCCCUCCGUUUUUGGGUUUUUUUUUUACAGUUUUACUGGUUGUAUAAUUAUUAAUUGUUUACCCCAAAGCCAAAAUAUAGGUGAUGCAUUUCAAUCAAA